AGUUCAAUCUUCCAAAAGGCAUUUGGAUUUGACUUUUCAGUUUUGGCUUCAAAGACAAAACUGAGAGAGUGCAAAAGAGAUGCGAACGCAGGGAAGUAGAACUGAAGGGGGUGACCCAUUGUCUCGACUGGGACUCAUUUUCUAGUCUCUCUCUGGUUAUUUAGAGAGAAAAAGAUAGAGAGCUUUCAGACCCACUUGGAGUUUUUUAGUCGCUAUUGUGGUUUGCAAUCAUGGUAGCCAGAACCCCACCAAAGCUGAGGAGAAUUGCGGCACCUCUCAAUCCUGUUCUGAUUAGAGAAACCGUAAAGAAGGUGGAUAAAUGCAUGGCUAGAUUGCAAGAGCUCCAAUACACAGUGGCAGGUGGGCAUAAGGUGAUAUCUGGGGUUAGUCUCAGUCCUAGAAGUACCAGAGGUUAUCUAAGAACUAGUCUCAGGUGCAAGCAAGAAUCUUUGAGGAUCAAGAGUGCUACGCCUAGGAAAUCUCCGGUGGGCAAGUUUCCGGCAAGUGUAGUAGGGGAAUGGCAGCGAAUGUCAUUACCAGCUAUGCUAGUAGGAGAAACUGUGGGAGAAAUUCUACAAGCAAGCCAAUUUGCAAGAGAAAUUGUCGCAGCAGUUGCCUGCAAAACCAAGAAAACCCCCCCAGAAGACCCUAAAACCCCAAUGACCCAAGACAGGAAACAGAGGCCAAACCAUGAAAACACUGAACUCAAGUCCAAGAGGAAGAAGGAAAAGCAAAAUAAACUGCAAUCCAUUCGAUCAGAAACCACUUCUCCAUCUCUUCAAAGAGCUCGAUCACGCAUUAACUUUAAGGUUUCACCCCCAAAGAAGAGAGAAAUGGAGAAAGAAAACUCUGCUAAAUAUUUGGCAAAUAGAGUUUCUCCCAGGAAUAGGCCAUGGGCUAAAAAGACUAUACUGUUUCCAAACCCUUUGUUCCUUUCUACAGAUUCUAAUCAGCAGCAGAAGUUCUGCAGAACAAGGUCUCCUGUGAUUUCUAGAAAUAAACAGACUACUCCACAUAAGUUCUUGAUAAAGUCCCCACCUUCGGCUUCCAAGCUUCAAGUGAAGAUCAAGAGCCCACCAUUGGUUUCCCUGUCACCUACUGGAGCUGCAAACUUGAGCAAGAAAUCACCUACUAGAGCUGCAAACUCGAGCAAGAAAUCUCCAAAGGUGUCCACUGCUUCAAAAUUGCGUAGGUCAUUUUCUCCUUCAAGAUUGGCUAACAGAUUGGUAUCUCCAUUGAAGAGCAGGAAAAGUGUACAGAAGAAUGAUGGUUUAAUGGGUGGAUUUAAACAGCGUCCGGUUUCAAUGCCAAGACGGUUCUCAUUGGGAAGAAUUUAAGUUCUUUUGGUUUUACUUGAGGCUUUUGUUUGAAAAGCGAGGGAUUCUGUUAAUCAAUGUGCAUAGUUGAUGAUUCUUUUUAAGUUCCUUUGUGGGUGGUGUGGGUGUGAAUGUUUCUACAUCAUAUUUGGCUGGCUUCAUCAAGAAAAUAAUGCAUGUUCAUUCCACGUUUUGUAA